CCGACAUUUUGUCAGAGCAUGUGGGUGGCGACUUUGCCAUCGGAGACUUGGUGGUGUACGUUGGCACUGAGAGCCUUCAGUUCGGGGUCCAUGGCAUUGUGAUCGGCAUUCUUCCAGAGGGGCUCGAGGUGCUGUUCCAAUAUGAAAUGGUCGGCAGGAGAAGCAUUUUUGGGAAGGAGACAAAGAACCAGAGCUGCCUCGUCAGGAAGCAGGAACUGGUGAACAAGAGCAGGCUACUGCAGGGUUUGCCUGGGGUUGAAGCACAGGAGGAAGACCUGAUCGGCAGAGUGCAGGACCUGGGGUUCAGCGGCGUCAGCGUGGAGGAGGAAGCUUUGUCAUCGACCCAAAGUGGCAGCUCAAGUGCCAGAAGCAGGCAGGUGCACUCAGCCUCCCCCAAAGGCUAUGGAACGUUUUGGCCUGGUCAGGAAGCGCAUGAGAUGCAGCGGCGGAGUGCCUCAACGUCCCCCCUCACCUCUGACCAACGACCCUCAGUACAGCCACAUCAGUAUGUCAUGGCUCCAGGCACACGGCCACAGCAGCCGGCACCUUUGCCGAACUACCCAUAUGGCCCACCCCUGGGCUCCUACCGCUCAGCUCAGCUGCAAGGCUACCCAGGCGUGCCCGAUGCAGCCUGGCAUGGCCAACAAAUGCAGCCCAAGCCCGGAGGCCAUGCCUAUAUGGAUGCAGGUGUCCCACAGUAUCCUGGUCCUGGCUUUCCUCCUCAGUACAUGGCGUGGGGUCCCAAUGGUGAAGGAAUGUACCAGUACCCGCAGUGGGUUGUGCAGCCCCCUCAGAACCCUCCAUACAGUGGAUGGCAUCAGCAGUUCUAUUCACAGAUGUGA